AUGGCGUCGGGAUCUUGGAUGAAACCCAGCGGUGAUGGAGACGCGCGUACAGAUACAGACUCGAAGAUCGUGCACGGCGCACGUGCCUCGCACGACCUCGACGACACCGCCGCUGCCGUGGAGCUUCGCCGGCUGCACCACACACGCCAACGGCCCUCACGAGACGCUGAGCACGACGAUGCGGCGGCCUCCUCUCUGUCAGAUACAGACAACGACGAGCCCUCCUCGGCCACCUUCAUCAAGCCGCGCCGCGUCAACACGCUCUCCAAAAACUACACCGCUGCCGAAGAAGCGCAGGUGGUGCGCAAGCUCGACCGCCGCCUUACGCUGUUCCUCGCGGCGCUGUAUCUUUUGUCUUUCCUGGACCGAUCGAAUAUUGGCAACGCCAGGAUCGCGGGCUUGGAGGAGUCGCUGUCACUGAGCUCCAGCCAGUUCGACUGGCUGCUCACGGCGUUCUACAUCACGUAUAUUGGCUUUGAGUGGAUGAUACUGCUGUACAAGGUUUUGCCGCCGCGGAUCUAUAUCCCCGCCUGCGUCCUGUCAUGGGGCCUCACUGCAUCUCUGCAAUCCCUCGCCCUCAGCUUCCCUCACCUCUUGAUUCUACGCGCCGUGCUCGGCGUCACCGAAGCGGCAUUUGGGCCAGGUGUUCCCUUCUACAUGACCUUCUUCUAUCGCCGCUCUGAGCUCGCGUACCGCGUCGGCCUGCAGAUCAGCGCCGCGCCCCUCGCGACCAGCUUCGCCAGCGCGCUCGCCUGGGCCAUCCUGUGGCUGAAUCGCCUGUUCGGCGAGCCCGUGGAGGGCUGGCGGGUGCUCUUCCUUGUUGAAGGCUUUCCCAGCGUGCUCGUGGGCGUUGCCGCCCUCUGGGGCGCAUGGGUCCCCGACAGCCCCGGCUCCGCAAAGUGGCUGAGUCCUCGGGAGCGGCGCGUGGCGGUCCUGAGACUGCAGGACGAGGCCGAAGCCUCAUCUAGCAGAGGACACACUGCCAGCAUGGCCUCCAGCACCACCACCGCAGGAGGUGGCGGCAGCGGCCCAAAGACGGCGGGUUGGCGCGGCUUCCUAGCCGAAGUGCGCGGCACGCUCUCGACGCCUCUCCCGUACCUACAGGCCCUAAUGUUCCUCAGCGUCAACGUCUCCUUCGCCUCCCUCCCCGUCUUCCUCCCCACGGUCAUCAACAGCAUGGCCUUCUCCCCGCUCGCGAGCCAAGCCCUCUCCGCCCCGCCCUACCUCGCCGCCUUCGCCUUCGUGCUCCUCCUCAGCCGCCGCAGCGACCGCGUCCCGCACUCGCGCGGCCUCUUCCUCGCGGGCGCCGCGGGCCUGAGCGCAUCCGCGUAUGCGGCCAUUGGACUCGUAGGCUGGUGCGCGCGCCGCGGCUGGAUCGCGACGGAGGGGGGCGGCGAGCGCUGGGUGCGCUACGUGCUCGUGUGGCCGGCCGCCAUGGGCAUGUUUGCGAGCGUGGUCAUGGUCAUUACGUGGACGCUCAAUAACCAGCGGGGCAGGACGGGGAAAGGCGUGGCUAUGACGGUAUUGAAUGUGCUGGGCCAGUGCGGGCCGCUGAUCGGGGUGCAUUUGUUUCCGGCUUCGGCGUCGCCGUUCUUCGUCGGGGGCAUGUUGACCAGUGCGGCGUUCAUGGCUGGGGUGGCGGCGUUGGCGGUUGGGCUGAGGUGGUAUUUGAAGGUGUUGAAUGAGAGGGCGGAGGGCUUGGACGGGAGUGGUGGGGAGGAGGUGGAGUUGCAGGAGAGGUUGAUGGGCGCGGAGGCCGUGGAUGAGGAGAAAGAGUGGGAGCGCGAGCGGGAGCGAGCAGGCUUCAAAUACAUGUUAUGA